GCUGGUGUGGGGAAACCAAGAGAUGAUCUGGACCCUGUCGCGGGGUGCUGUGACAACUCAACCAUCACCAAGAACAGUGGCACUGGCCAAGCCCAAACAAGAUUUUGGCAAGCACCAAUGCAGGUCAGUGAUUAAGAGGAAAUGGCCUCAACGUCCCCUGCUAGUGGAUUUUGGCUUCCCUUCUGAUCGGCUGCUGAAGUUGUCUGAACCUAAAAAAUACCUGGCUGCUUACCUGCAGCAAAGACCUCGCCAGUCCCCCGAGUGGCCCGUGUCACCAGCUGCGCUGAGCUAUAAGGCCUCCCCGCGGAUCCUGGAGCUUGCACGGCCAAAGGUGCUGCACCCAGAGUUUCUGCUGGCCAGAGAGGUGCCAACACAGGUUAAAAAUGUCACAGCCUUGGCCAGAGCAUCCUCGCGGUUACAGCAUCUCGCAGAGCCCCGGGUCAAGGAGGUGACUUGCUGCUAUGAGCACAGUUUUCCCGAAUCUGUCAUCCGUCCGGUUUCCAAGUCGGCUCAGAAGGCAAUUGCAAGCCCUCGGACCCUGGAGCUGGCUAGGGCAAAAAGAUUGCAUCCUGAGUAUGUGCCCAUGCGGGAUGCUGAGUGGCCAGUGACGGAGGCUGCAAAGCACGCAGUGGCCACAGCAAGGCUCGUGGAACUGGCCCAGCCUUGCAAAAGGCCUCCUAUGAGCUUGGCUCAAUUCAACCCAGACGCGUUCACAGUGAAGGAGACUGCUAAGAAGGCAACUUGUUCUGCUCGAAUCCAAGACCUGGCUCGUCCAAUUAAGCGCUGA